AUGGCCGACAUUAUGGAAGAAGACCCAUCGUCUGCGGUCCAGUCUUCGGAGGGAGAGGAGAUGCCCGUGGAGUCAUUGGUCAGAGGACGCGCGAAACGAAGCACCGCAGGACUGCACAUGUCGGCCCUCCUUGAAGCCGCUGCCGAUGAUGACUUGUCGCUUCUAUUUGAGGAAGUCGAAGACGAUAAUGAGUUUGCGGAUGUGGCCGACCCCGACGCAGAGGACGAGUUGCUUGAAUCGUCGGACGAGGAUGAAGACCAAGGACCGAACGCGCAGAACGACUACGAGGGCGAACAGAAACUACAAAAAGACGAACGCAAGAAGCGCAGAGCCCAGAAUGACCUCCGAUUUCAGACCUUGCGCAAACGAGUCAAGAUUGAUCCGACCGCUCCGUCCACCAUGUCCGCCGCUCCUCGUCCGAAGAAAAAGUCAGAGCGCAUCUCGUGGAUUCCCACUGUGGAGGAUGGGCCUACUCGGCAAUCAUCACGUCGACAGACCAUGGUCAACAAGGAGCUUACGCAUGCCCGUCUGAAGGACAGCCAGGAGAAACGGGUCCGCAUCAUCGCUACAAUGAAGGAGGCAGAAAAGCGAAAGGCCCAUUUGAAACCGAAGCAGAUGACCCAGGAAGACCAUCUUGCGGAGGCAGCAAGGGUGGAGCGGCUCAAUAGCAAAAGUCUCAACCGCUGGGAGCUUUCGGAAAAAAGAAAAGCGGACGAAAGACGAGCGAGGAUUGAAGCACUACAAAAUCGUCGCCUUGACGGUCCGGUGAUUUCCUACUGGAGUGGUGUGGCUACAUGGACGAACGGGCGUCUCACCCGAGUGGGCAAAAUCGACAUCAGACCAAAGGUAGAUAAAGAUGAACUGAGGAAGAAAAAGAAAGAGAAGGAAGAUAAAGAGAAGGCUGCGGCAGAGUUGAAGGCCUUGGGGUCAACCACACGCACAUCACAACCACCACACUUCCAUGUAGUUGUUGGUCCACCAAAAUCUCUAUCUCCUUCGACGUCCACCGUGGACCAACCGACUGGAAACAAGCCACCCGAGAAUGCUACACCGACUGCAGAGAAUACAGACACUGCAGAGAAUACAAACACCCCCGUAGUGUCCGGGGCGAACGCCGGCCAACCAGAUGGAAACCCAGAGACGAAGACAAUCAUGGAAACUCCCACCGAGCAGGGCAAGGACAAUGCCGUGGAAAAAGCUCCAGGCGUUGACGCAAAUACAUCAGUACCUCCUGAGCAAGAUCAAUCCAUCACAGCUGAAGGGCAAUCCUCGGAGUCCAAGAAUUAUGGGAGAUUGAGGUUUGCUGUGGAAAUUCCAGCGUCUCGUCAUACAUCGAUUUCUGCGGAUAAUGGCUCUAUUCAAAAAUCGCCUGAUGUACCCACCAAAACCGAGGAUGCUAUGGAUAUUGAUUCUCCAGUGGCUGCAGCGGCUGCAGAUUCUACGAAAAAUCAAAAAGUUCUAGAAUCAACGGACCAAACAAGCUUGGCCACUCCGCACGUUGCUGCCCAACCGACUUCUGCAGAGCCUAUAGCACAUGCAGCUGGGACGACUGUGCCAGAACCACCGCCAUUGGAUGGGUCUCGGCCAGUUGAAUCGGCCACGGCUGUUAGCUCUGAAAUCUCACUGGCCCCUCAAGCCUUGCCGGCUCCUGCAGCCACCAGUCAAGCCACGGUGCCCGAAAACGCCAUAGUCCGGAGCCUAAACCAACCAUCCACAUUACCGUCCGAAUCACAAUUAUCAAAUGGAUUGGUGAAGGAACCAGCACCAGAGAUUCCAGAACCCCCUCCAGUGAUUGAGCAGACGGGACGCUGUCUUACGAUCUUGGAAAACUUCGAUUAUGCGACCGCCAACAAUCGCAAAUACAGCAUGUACUUCAACGCCAAAAAGCUCGGCCGUUUGACAAAAAUCUCGUCAUCGCUUUGCGUCAUCACUUCAUUGCCUUCGCGUUACCGCGAUCCAGAGACCGCUCUCCCUUACGCCAAUUCAUAUGCAUAUAGCCAAAUCCGCCGUAUGCUAUCGGAAGGGUAUAUUUGGAGCUCGAUGCUGGGAUGCUUUGUCGGGCCGGCCGAGGCAGCCCGUGGCGUACCGGAGCGGUUUACAGGCAAGCCGGGACCAGGUACAGUGAAACUGACCGAUGAGGGUCAGGCCGAGACACCAGGGAAUGCACUCACCGAGGUUCCUUCGACACCCACGCCGGCGGCAUCCCGAGCAGCACCUCCAAAGGAAAUGGAGAUUGACAAAGCAUGA